CGCAUACAUACUUAUCCAGUCAGUCGAAGAAGAGGUUUACUCACAGAAUGAGGCUGAACGAUGGAAAUAAAAAAAGAUCGGUGGAUAAUUUUGAAAUAAAAUCAUUCAAAAUAUAUUUGCGAGUUCAAAAUCAAACAUGGGCAAUAAAACUGAGAUUACCAGUCGAGAGAAGCAGCCCUUUCGCACAGAACUGUGGCCAAGACAAUCAGCGCAGAAGAUUAAAGAUGUAAAACUAAAUAUCAAAAGAAAACCAAAACGAACACGUUAUGCGUAUACAGCAGAUCAGCUAGCGAUAUUAGAAAAAGCAUAUAGCGGCUACAAAUACAUUAAUCUCACAAAUCGCAAAGCAAUGUCUCAAGCUUUAAAUGUCAAUGAACAAUGCAUAAAAAAUUGGUUUCAAAACAGAAGAAUGAAAGAAAAGAAAGAAAUCUUAAUGAACGACAAAAAUCGUCUGAACGAACGGGAUAGUAAUAAAGUUAAUUUAUCGUCGUCUAUACCAAGAUAUGAAAUCAAAAUAAAUGGCCUGAAUCAAAAAACUGCCUCAACUGAAAACAAAAAUGGUAACGAUAUCAAAACAUAUCUUCCAAGUCAAUUUGCUAAUUCAACCACCUGCGCAAAUGAUGGCGAAUCGACUAAUAACUGGAAUCAUUCCAAUCAAUCACCCGUCCACAGGCCUCAUUUUCAAUCACGCGAGGUACAGACCAAUUGUAAAUCUGGAAGUAAUUCAGUUAAUACUUCAUUGCUUCCUAAACCUCCUUGUUCGAAUUUAAGUAACGCUUCUGACUUCAUAGCUAAAGAAGAUAUCAGUGAAUUACUUACUGAUUUGAGUCAGUUCAUCCAAACCGAUUCCGUUUGUUAUUCUUCUUCUUCAAAUCCAGGACAGAAGAAUUAUGAAUUGAGUAAUAGCUCAAUUACUGGUUCAUUACAUCCUAGUUUUCAAAAUGAAAUCAGAAUAAGUAAUUCAAAUUCAUAUAGUUCAUCUGACGUCAUUGCCACUGAAAAUGUCAAUGACUUAUCUGUUAACUUUGGUCAGGUUUUUCAAUCGAAUACCUAUUACGAUCAUUAUCAUUUAACUUCAUGGGAAGAAGAAAAAGGAUGCGAAUUAGGCACUAGUUCAUUAUCUGCUGUGUUUGAUAAUGAAACCGAAAGAUAUAAUGUUUAUGCUAAUAGCGUACCUAACUCAAUUAUUUGCGAAAAUAUUAACGAGUCACGUGUUAAAUUGAGUCAGGAGAACCAAUCCGAUCUCGUUUAUUGCAAUCCUUAUGAAUAUGAAGUACAGCAAAGCUAUGCUCACAAUUCUUAUGAUAACCAUUAUACAUACUCAAACCAUUCUUACCCAUAACCCGUGAAAUCUUUUACUUCUUAGGGCCUAGUGCGAGAUUGACUUUACGUUAACGCGAUAGUAACAUCACUGCAUUUAGCCCUGAAUCGGCUGGUUAACUUGGCGAAGCCAACCAGUUCAUGCAAAAAUAAACGCACGUGAGAAAACGCGGAUUUUAAUUUUCAUCAAAAUGAGACCACGCUCUGAUUGGUUGGUUCAUUUGAGCCGGCCAAUCAAAGGCCUUA